AAGCACGAAGGGUUAAAGGCAUCAUUGCAGCCAUUUGAGGGAAAAGUUGAAGCAAUGCAAACACAGUAGACUCCUCUCCCUUCCUCCCCUCCCCUUUCCCUCACUCCCCACUUCCUAAGCCGGAUCAGUGUUUAGGGAGGGCAGUCAUGACCACGCAAUCCUGAGCAGCUGGAGCUGACGUUAGACAGAGCUGCCAGGUAGCUGAAAAAAAGGCAGAGAAGGCAACUGAUACCCACUUUUCGACGUUUCUUUUCCUUUUUUCCCCCUAGUCUCAGUCUGGACUUCAAGCAUCACAGCGCCCGAGCCAGCGCAUCUGAACCCUCAGUGUAUUGCAAUACUCGCUCUUCCCAAAGAAAAGAUUCCACCGAGUCGCAGAAUGCUCGCAGUGUCGCAGCCAGGGCUACCGCGCAGAGCCGUUCUGUAAAUUGGUGUGUGAGAUUCCUUCUUUUGAGGGCACCUCUGGUUUUGGUUACCCUGAUGUGACUUUCGCUUCGCUUUGGAAUGAUGGGGAUCUUUCUGGCGUAUGUUGGAUGCAUUUUCUUUUCCGUUUUGUACAUUCAACAAGGACUUUCUACCCAAGCAAAAUUCACCGAAUUCCCCCGAAAUGUCACAGCCACUGAAGGGCAGAACGUGGAGAUGUCGUGCGCUUUCCAGAGCGGCUCCGCCUCCGUGUACCUCGAGAUCCAGUGGUGGUUUCUGCGAGCAGCCGAGGAGCAAGAGGCUGGAGCCGAGGUGACGGGCACUCAGGUGGAGCUCCUGCCAGAGAGAGACUUGGACAACGACGGAACAAAGAUAAGCACAGUGAAAGUACAAGGGAAUGACAUCUCCCACAAGCUGCAGAUUUCAAAAGUGAGGAAAAAGGAUGAAGGCUUGUAUGAGUGCAGGGUGACAGAUGCCAACUACGGAGACCUUCAGGAAUACAAGGCCCAGGCGUUUCUUAAAGUCAAUGCUAACAGCCACUCUCGGCGAAUGCAGGCCUUUGAAGCAUCCCCAAUGUGGUUGCAAGGUAUGAAACCUCGCAAGAACAUCUCAGCAGCUGUUCCAAGUAGUGUUCAUAACUCUUCCAAUCAGCAUCUGCGCUCCACAUCCAGCCCCGAAGCAGCAGCUAAAAUCCCAAAACAGAGUCCACAAUCAGUGCAUGCCAAGACAUUCAUGGGCACCAGAGCCAAGCUGGCGAGCUAAUUAAAUAUAUAAAUGUAUGUGUUUAAACAGCCUUAUAAGGAGCAUUGGAAAUCUGCAAGAUGAGCGAAUAUCUUAUAACUUCUUCCGCAGGUGCGAGGAUAGCUACAAGCCAUGGACUUUCUGUCCUGCUUCUUAUUUGUGGCUUUGUGAAGGGUGCUUUGCUUUAAUCUAAAAGUGCUGACUUUUUCCAAUAUCACUUUCUCUUCUUAAAGCAAAGAGCAAAUCGCCUGUAAAAUCCACGGAGCGGACAGCAAAGUUGACCCUAACCUCCAACCACCACUCUGCACCCAAUGUACUCUAAUUCGCUACACAUGGAGCACCUUCAGGAAGUACAAAAACAAAACAAACAUAUAUAUUGUUUAAACAUAUAAAUAUAUAUAUGAAGAGGAUACUACGUUUUCUUGAUCUAUAUUAUUUUCUUUGCUGUAUCACUGAUCAUUUAUUUAAAGAGAACUGGUGUGAUGUCACAGGACAUUUUGUAACAGCAGGACCUAGUUUCCUUUUCUUUCAGCAAAUAGAAGUAUCAUAUUUUUGACUGCUCAGGGGUUGGCUUGCAAGUCAUCACUAUUAUAAAAAAUCACUAUGGAUGAUAUUUCAUUUCCUUCUUUGAAAGGACUGUUGAAGGCAAGAGGCAAGCAGCAGCUAAUUAUAUAUACAUAGAUAAAAAACAACAAAAAAAUCUCAAGAAAACAAAAUGACUCAGCAUCACGUCUGGCAAAAACACCUCAGAAACUGAUUGAAAGCCUAUUUUUGUUUGUGCGGGAGAGUGCAAAAUGAAAAUAACAACAUUGUAAAACAACUAACAGAACUAGAGGACGUUGUUUCUGAAGACAAGCAAGAAUUAUUACUGAGGAUUUUUUAAUUUUACUUUUUUGAAAAUUUUCCACUUUUUUUCACCCCCUUCCUUUUCCUUUUCCUUUUCCUUUUUUUUCUUGGUUUGUUUCUUGUUCAAUGGUGGCAGUUGCUGACUUAGGCCAACCCCUUUUGACUGUGUGGUGGUUAUAUAAAUACAUUUUUUUUGUGUGUGUUCUAUCUUUCAAUGUGUUUUCUCUAAUUUUGCAACUCCUGUAUAUGCAAAACUAACUUCAAUUCUGUAAAUUGCUUAGAGUAUGUGUGAUAUAACAUCACAGUAGACAUACCAUGGUCCUCAUGCAAGACAGUUUUUAAUAUUAUCUAUAUGUCGUACCACCAACAGACAUUUUUGUUUCCUUUUUUGAUGAUGCAUUAUUUUUUAAUUUGUAACUCAGUACUGUGUGGAUUUUGUAAUACAUGCAUUCACUUCCACUCGUUUGACCCCUCGCAGAUGGCAGUGCAGCCCUCUGUUUACUCUGUAAAAUGCACAUUAAAAUUUGUUAUGGUCUCUGAACAAUGAAUUAUUUUACUUGUCUGUAUGCUAUUUUGGAAUCUGGUGGCUGAAAGCC